CCUAUUGGCAGGGUCAUGAAUAAUGAAGUGACCGUGGAAACCGCUUCUAUCCAGCCGUGUGCCCCGGGUGUACUGUACAACGUGAGCGCCAUGUCUUCACCGCAGCCUUCUGAGGCCUCCACCUCUCCGGUUCCGCCGGUAUCCGUGCUGGGCGACUCCUUCCCGCUGGUGCUGAAGAAGCUUAUUGAGAAUCCUCCAAGGAACUUUCUGGAUGCAGGAGACGUCGGCAAAGAGAAGACUAAAUUGGACCAAGAUGACAACCUCGAUGGGAACUUGCUGGCCGUGUCGGCAGCGCUCAUGCCCCCUAUCUGGGAUAAGACCAUUCCAUAUGACGGGGAAUCUUUUCAUUUGGAGUAUAUGGACCUUGAUGAAUUUCUUUUGGAGAAUGGCAUCCCGUCCAGCCCCACACAUCUGGCUCAGGCAAUUCAGAAUCCUCUGAUGCCAGUGUCUGAGCUGGAGGAGGAAGAGGAGUCUGCAUCUACUUCGGGAUCUCCUGUGUCCCCAUCUGUUCUGCUACAGAAAUCUGAAGAUCUAGAAGCCUCCAUAACGUUAAAAGAAGAGUCUGAUCCGCCAAGUCCCAUCGAUCCGGAAAAAGUAGAAGUGGAAGUAAACUUCAAUCCAGACCCUGUUGAUCUGGUGCUCUCCAGCGUGCCAGGAGGGGAGCUCUUUGAUCCAAGGAAGCACAAAUUUGCAGAUGAAGAGUUGAAGCCACAACCCAUAAUUAAGAAAGCCAAGAAAGUUUAUGUCCCAGAUGAUUUGAAGGAUGAAAAAUACUGGAGCAGACGGAAGAAGAAUAAUGUGGCAGCUAAGCGAUCUCGAGAUGCCCGGCGUCUUAAAGAGAACCAGAUUACUGUUCGAGCAGCUUUCCUAGAAAAGGAGAACACUGCUCUGCGUACAGAAGUGGCCGAGCUGCGAAAGGAACUGGGCAAAUGCAGGACCAUCGUUUCCAAAUACGAGAACCAAUAUGGACAGUUUGACUUCAGUGAUUCAGAAUGAGUCUCCUUACAUAUUUUUUAUUUUUUUUCUCCUCAAAACAACUUUUUUUAAAAAAGCAAAUUGAUUCCCAGACUGGAUCUCAGUGGAUUUUUACACUUGAACGCAGGAAUGCUUCUACAAUUGUGUCUACAACUGCUACUAAGGACCCUAAAGACAUUUUCCAGAUGAAGAAAUUUAUUUUUAUUUUUUUCGAAUGGUUAGAAAUAUUCAUCAGGGUCUUUCUGGGAAUCCUUUUUUUUUUUUUUUUCUUUUCUUGUUACUACAAAUUAACUGACAAAUAUCCGAGCUGCUGUCGGCAGCAUUUUUCAUUUGUCCUUGCACUGGGCAGGAGGGUAUCAUGUAACACGAUAAAGGGGAAACUAAUGGUAGAGUUCCAGGAGGAGCUAGACAUGUGGUUUGGGUGGUUAUUAUUGCUAAAUUGUGGCCUUGAAGGGGAAUUUUUUUUUUAAAUUAAAUAAAUAAUUUAAUGAUAUUGGGUGAUUUUGGGAAAUUACCAUGCGGUGACCCAGGGAAAUUCUAGAUCUGCCCUUCAGCUCUACCUGGUGUUGCAGCUCUAACCCAUUCAAGUGACUGGGUCUGAAAUGUGACACCAGGCAUUGCUCAUGGACUGAGGUGGUGCUGGUGAAGAAGAAGAGAGAGGGAGAAGGAAAAAAAAAAAAAUCGGUCUGGGCCUGGACACACAUGUAAUGCGUAGUCUUCAGCAUGCUGAGUACUAGGAGUAUCCAUCAGUAGCCAGGUUUUGAUGGCAGAGAAGAUAAAUGGAUAAAAGCAAAUUAACGGCAUUUUAUACUACUAUAUAAUAAAACCUAUUUUUUACUAUAACCUUGUAAGAGGUGAAGUCUAGUGAACUAGUUUAGUGUGCCCAUUGUUUGUCAUUAUAUUUUGAAGGGAUUAGUAGAUCUGAAAUGGAGCACUUGUGCUUUUCUGAAAAUUGUUUUCAGAGGUUUACUAAGCUAAAUAUAAUAAGAAACCAAUGGUCCCUUUUUAAUGGGAACCUCUCACCACAAAAUGUGUGCAAUCUGCAGGUAGAGGUUAUAGAUCAGGAGGAGCUGAGCAGAUCGAUAUAUAGUUUCGUGGGAAAAGAUUCAUUAAAACUUGUAAUUUUAUACAUUUAUUUCCCCGUUGUUACGGAGUUUAGUUUAGCCGUCUUUAUCAGUGAUUGAUGGCAAAUGCCGAACAGAUUAUCUGGGAUCAAUGUUCUUGUGAAAGCUCGUUCCCGAUAAUCUGCCACAGAUCACCCAAUGAAUGUACAAAAUACUUGUUCCUGUGGGAGCAGAACGCGCCGUCUAACGAGCACUGCUGUAUUGGGACGAGUGAUGGUGGUAGCCAUUGUUCAUUCCCCUACAGUGGAGGAGACCACUGCGUGUAAAGGCAUCGCCCCAUGUAAACCAGCGAGAGAGCCGUCAGUCACUGAUGGGUCACUUGGCUACUGAGCAUAGAAAGGGCUGAAAUUUGAAUGUAUAAAUUAGUUUUUUCCGCUCCCUAUAAGACGCAGUAAAAUAAGAAAAAAGAUAGAUAAUAGAGCCCCUAUUCAGACCUCCAUGUUGAUGACCCCCAUAUUAAUCAGACCUCGGAUAAGAGGAAAAAAAAAGCCAACUUACCUCCUGCUCUUGACACGGUGUGCUGUCUGCAUUCUAUCCGCAAAAAAAAAAAACGGGACAGAGACAAACAACUUUAGUGUGCAUGUAGCCUUAUCGGGCGAAAAGUACAGUACGGUUUUGCUGAAUCAUUUCCCAUAAACUUUAUAUCUGUUUUGCUUAGUUCGUCCAGCUGUAGAACUUGGCUGACCACAGACUGCGCUGUAUUUUUAUGGUGACAGGUUUCCUUUUAAGAGUGGUUUUUUUUUUUUUUUUUCUUUUUUUUUUUUUUUCUGGUAUUUUUAUAUUAAUGGAAAAGCCAUCAGUAUCUGAUCAGAGCGGGUAUGACAACCAGUUGUUUUGCAGUGGCUCCAACACCUGAACUACACAGUUUGUCCAUUGUGUAGUGGAUGGAGCUGGUUACUGCAGCACUGCUCCUGUUCACUUCAGAGGGAGCAGCGUUGCAGCAACCAGCUCUGUCCAAUACACAACAUGUGGGGUUGUGCUGUGCCCUACCCCUGCCUAUUAGAUAUUGAAAAACUGGAAAACCCCUUUUAAUUAUAAAAAAAAAAAACCUACUAUGUUGCAGAAAUGUAUGUGGUCUAUAUUCCGAUAUUUCAUAUAUAUAUAAAAAAACUACUGUAUAAAAUGACUUGAUCCUGCACAUAAUGCAGGACACAGGCUUAAUGGGCAUCUAUCUAUUUGUAUAUAAACUUUGUAAAUCUGUUUUCAAUUAUGGAUUCCAAUCUGUUUGAUUUUAUUAAAUCAGUCAGGUGAGGCA